UUAAAUGGUUAAAAGUUGCGCAAAGAUGACGGUGCAAUAAAACAUGCAUGGACACACAAUAUACUUUUCCGCACAUUCAACAAUUUUGAACGACACCACUCUAUAAGCCAUUUCUUACAGGUACACGAUGAAAGACUCGUAUAGAAGAAUCCUCAGACCGAAAAAUGUUAUAAACUAUUUAACACUUUUUUGUAUCAUAUUUGGAGUAUAUUUUCUGUAUCACGUGAUUUCAGUAAGUAGAUACGUGAAGAACGGUGUUAUCACUUACUUUGGUGCGACCCGCAGCGACUACAGAAUCAAUUCUGAAAGUAUAGAGGACAUUGAGAGACGACUUAAAUACCCGGUUGUUAUGUUACCAAAUCUUACAUCUCUAAUAAACGCGACCAAUCCAAAGUACCCCUUGACAAUUCACGCUCCAUAUCUUAUUGAAAACCCACAUCUUUGUAGUUCUGUUAGUAAUUUAUCUGUUCUUGUUGUCGUUAACACAGCAACUGAUCAUUUUGAACGUCGUCUUGCAAUUAGAGAGACAUGGACAAAUGAUAAAUAUUAUAACCACCUUGGAAUUGUUCGAGUUGUCUUUCUUAUUGGAAAGCCGAAGAAUGAAAUUAUUCAAAAUAUAAUAAAUAAAGAGGCUAAUCAGUUUAAAGACAUUCUUCAAGGUGACUUUGUUGAUACGUAUUUCAACCUUACUCACAAAGGUGUCAUGGGAUAUAAAUGGAUAACCGAACGUUGUAGAAAUGCGAAACAUAUUGUAAAAGUUGACGACGAUAUUUUGGUAAAUAUGUUUUCAUAUUUCCAGAAAAUUCAUCAGAACAAGUCCGUGAAAAACGCGCACGUAUUUUGUGAUUAUAGAACAACACCUGUAUUUAGAGAUAAACGAAUAAAAUGGUUUGUUAGUGAAAACCAAUUUAGGGGAGUAAAAGUCUAUAAGAACUUUUGUAGAGGGAAAUUCGUUAGUAUUAAAAAUGAUGUAGUGCCUUCACUGUAUAUUUCCGCAUCAAAAACUCCGUUUUUCAAACUUGAUGAUGUGCUACUAUAUGGAUAUGUGAUGCAUAAUGUUCCUGGUCUUAGAUACCAAACACUCUAUAAAGAAAACAUGAAAGACGUAAACAAAGACGGCAUAAAUUGCCUUGAAAAAGAGCAAGACAAAUGCCAGGCUAUAAUAAUACAAUCUGGUGGCCAAACACAACUUAUUGACACGUGGUCUACAAUAAUAAAAUAUUUCCAGAAAUAACACUUGGUGUACAAUAAUAUAAUAUAUCCAGCAAUAGCAUGUGGUCUACAAGACGACAAUAUAUCCAGCAAUAGCAAGUGGUCUACAAUACGACAAUAUAUCCAGCAAUAGCACGUGGUCUACAAGACGACAAUAUAUCCAGCAAUAGCACUUGGUCUACAAGACGACAAUAUAUCCAGCAAUAGCACUUGGUCUACAAGACGAAAAUAUAUCCAGCAAUAGCACUUGGUCUAUAAGACGACAAUAUAUCCAGCAAUAGCACGUGGUCUACAAGACGACAAUAUAUCCAGCAAUAGCACUUGGUCUACAAGACGACAAUAUAUCCAGCAAUAGCACGUGGUCUACAAUAAUGUAAUAUAUCCAGCAAAAACACGUGGUCAACAAUAAUGUUAUAUCUUAGAUAUAUAUAUGGUCAACAGUCAUGUAAUGUAUCAAAAAAUAACACAUGGUAUACGAGUACAAUAGUGAAAUAUUUCGAAAAAAAUAUGACUGGACAAAAAUAACUUUAUAUAUCCAGAAAUAACACAUAGUCAAUAAAAAGUAAAAGAAUAAAAAUGCAUGGUCUACAAUCAUAGAAUCUAGUGAAAUAUGUUCAGAAAUAACACGUGGUUAACAAUAAUGUAAUACAUUGUAAUAUAUCCCGAAAAUAAAACCCACAGAAAUUAUGUGACUCUAAACAAAGAACUAUAUUGUUUGUUUUAUCUUUACAAAAUUAUAUAAAAGUAGAUCUUUGUCAGAUUUAUUUACACUUAAUGUCAUUUAAUCUCAGUUAAAAGUACGUUGCAAUUACGUCUUAUUGUGUCAAAUACUGACAUACAAUAUAUUCAGAAAUCUGGUGUGUUUGAAUUUACGAUAUUCAUGUACAUAUAAUUAAACGUGUAUAUUUUUUUGCAAAAAUAUACAUGUACAUAACUUUUGUUAGUACAUAAAUCUACUGUUUUGUCCUUUCAGGCAAUUAAUAAAUCUUAAGGUUAGACUUCCCAUUUUGACCUUUUUGUUAUUUUCUUUCCACGUUUCAUUAAUGCAUUGGUCGUCCAUCCGUCUGCCUUCCUGCCUGUCUCUCCGUUUAUAAGCAUACGCAUGUUGUACUCUAUUCAUUCGUCUUCCGAGGCACUUCUGGAAUAUCCACGCUACUUGCAUUGAACAGGAUAUUACUAUCAUUGAGACGACGAAAAGAACCUUUAUCCACACAGGCUGGUAUCGCCCUGUCUCUAAUAAUGUUUAAAAGUUUGUGUUGGUUGAAUUUUGUUUUUAAAAUUUAUUCCCCCUUCUGAGGAAUAGUCGAGAAACUUUAACAUAUUAAAUCGAUAUAUGGUGGUCUUAAGGCAAUUUUAUAUAAUUACUGUUCGAAAUAAAGAGAGUCAAGUUAUUUCUGGGAUAUUUUCAUCAAUAAAAUUCAGUAUU